AUGGACGACCUCCGUCACCCUCCGAACAAAGUUCCUCAAUCUCUCUACAUAGUCCACGAUCCCUCCAAUGACCAAGUCCAAGGUGGAAAGUCUUCCCAAUCGCAGGAGUCCCUCACUCCAUGGGAGAUAGGUUUCCGCCCUUACGAUAUCCUGAGUCUCAGCCGUAAGACUGUGAGUAGUUUUCUCCCUCUUCAUUAUGGUGCUGCGAAUGGACCUAGAAGAAAUCCUCCCAGUAUUUACGUCACAGCGACUGAUGAUAUCGAGGCUGCAGAAAACGAGGUUAUGACAAGCGAUGAUGGUUUAGUGGUGUACACAUUAGACGGCAGAUGCGAGGAAAUGAGGAAGUGUGCUAUUUUCAAAGCGUCAGAUUGGCUUCGCGCGCUGGACAUGUGGGAUGGAGACGAUAAUGAAGACGAAGACGAGAAAUCUGCUAGACAGAAAAGAGUAGGCUCUGAGUGGUUGAUUUGGCCAAGUGUACCAAAAGAGGCUGUCACUCAUAUGUCGACAAGAGAUGAUAUCCUUAAGAACGAUGAACAAGAGGAAUAUCGUGUGAUUCCGAAACGUGCGCCUGGUCAAAAACAUCAACACGCUACUGCAAGCUCGAGCGAAAAUCAAAUCGCAGCUGCCAACAAGGGUAAAGCUAAAACUCCAUCGGCUUUGCGUAGUCACAAGGGACUUAUGCGCAAAGACGUAAAGGCAGACGGCACACCUCUGUACAUGGUUGCAUUCUCUCCAAAUGUCGAAUUUUCAUUCUCGACCAUCUACAUCAUUGAGAAACAAGAAACUGGUCUACAGUGUCUUGUUCAUUGGGGACCCGAAAUAGAACCCAGCUGGGUCGACAUUCAAAAUGUUGAUGCGAGGGCUGUGAAGGACUACUGGCAACGCAACACCAAGGGUCAUGGAAAGAUAAAGCCAAAGAAGGAAUACGAAAUACUUUUUGAAGAUCAGCAAAACAAGGAAACUAAGUUGGACAGUAAAUUCUUGGUCAAGUGGGCUGAUUCCGAGAUCUUGACCUGGGAAACUUACGACAGUAGUCCUGGUGUCACAAGACAUGCUGUCAAUCAGUUCCGAGCGAAGAUGGAGGAUUGGGCGAGAUAUCAAUACAAAUAA